AUGACUCAAGCACAAUUUUCUGAAGACGACUCUGACAUCACAUUUCUUGGAAUGAAGCUCAACCAGAAAGAGCUCGUCGAUGACCUCCUGGAGAAUCAUGAAUCGAGGGAAACGAAAACGAGCGAUAAUGUCCCCGUACAUAUCGAUCAUAAUUGUGACAUAUCCGCUGUCUCCAAUGAUCAUCCUUAUUGUGCCCUUCGUCCGCCUUCACUAUUACACAUACCAAGUUCUCAUGAUCAACGACCACCACAGAUCAUGACAUCGUCAUCGUCAACGUCCAUCCCAUAUCCACCCUUGCGGCCAACUUGGAAGACCCAUUCAUCCCCAGAACCACCCGUAUGUAGGACCUCCGAAGAGACUUACCGAGAUGUACUGGAGAUAGAGUUAGAGAUAGACGAGCUUGUUAGCGAGGACGAUGCUAUAGUCAAACUAGAACCUCCUGAGACGUUACUGGCCUCUAAGAGCAGAAAGGCAGGCAGCGAGAAGAAGCAGAAGAAGAAAAAUAAAUUUCUGAUUGACCGAUGGGUGGAAAGACUUGAAAGUCAAGGAAGGCUCGCGGAUGAGAAGAUACCGGAAAUUAUCCCUACAUUUGCAGCAGAUGUACAAACGAAACCCCGUUACUGGACGGAUCUCAACAAUAUUUCGACGUCUGAUCCGAUCGAAUUAACAUUGUGUGACGAUCAAUCUCUUUUCUCUGAUUCCGAAGAAGAAGUGUCCGACUGUCUGGAGCACAUACAACGGUCUCAUCGUUCAAAUGGCAAAGAUCCGGCUCCAUCUUUCUAUAUCGAAAUCCCGCCUUUCCCGCAGCAGAACCGACAGCUUUACCGAGGAACUUCUGCUCAUCGUGAAGUUGAUUGUCUAGAGUUCGAUUCUUCAUGGCCCUCGCCACCCUUGCUGUCUCCAUUGGGGUCACUGGAUAAUCUCGAUCCGACAUUGGUGGGUAGUCUCGAGGGAAUUAGCGGAAGCCGCGGGACACAAAGGGAAGAAAAAGAUCUACAGCAGACUGCUAUCUCGAUCGAUCACGGAGCAGUCCUCUCAUGGCCGACUAUGGUAGAGUCAAGCAAUGGGGAUCUACCGACGCUGACAGAAGCUAUCUCGAAACUCAAGAAGAGGAAGAGGUCCGAGAUUGCGGAAACCGCUACCUCUGACACUCCCUCGAAAAAAGUCGUCCGUUUUGAUACCGCUGUCAAAGCAGAAAGCGCCGAGAAAGAACUACUAGCUUCCGAGAUGGUAGCUAGAGGUCUGACGAAAGAUUUCCAGAUAUCUUGGCUUGGCAAUGAACCAAGUCUUGUCACGUCUGAGAAGAAAAGGCAGCGAAGAGUCUACAAAGAGAGAUGUAGGUUGCUCGUUUGCGGUUACUACAAAACUGUGAAGACAUCACCCUGCAAGCUGCUACGAAAUCGUAAGAUUAUGAUCAGACCAGAAGUAUUCACACAUUUAAAAAUGCGGAACACCAUCAAGAAAUUGGCAAAAUUAAUCGGCAUAUCUGGAGGUGAGCUUGUUGACAAUCAUGGCAAGAUAAUGUCCUCAACUGAAAUUCGGACACCUAUCGCCAUUUGUCUGGAAGAGAACGAGACUUUGAGGAUGAAGACCGAACAUGAUGCUGGGCGGAAGACGCAUUUCAAGUGCAAAUGUCUUCUACAAUUUAUGCACUGGUUUGAUCGACAAUAUACCGCAGCAGUGCAGAUCCGCACGAAGAAAUCGAAAGCGGCGACAACGAAGGCCAUGACAAUUCCCGCAAUUUCGACGGAGCAGCAAUCAAUCAUCCAUUGUAAUCGAGGUUUUACUAAGAUUCAGCCCAUCCCAGAGAAUGAAUUUUACGGACACAAUCAGAGCCAAAGAAUACCUAGUCCUAUCGUAAUUCCUACUGCUCGACAAAAAACCAAGAAGAGCCAUGUUCCAGGCAUUAACGUUGCUGAGAAAGGACCAGAUGAAGUAGUCAAGCGAAGCCAGCAGGCAAGUCAUAUAGACACAGAAGCUAUUUCACGGCGGCACCGGGUAGAAAUACCAAAGGGCCCCUCCGGUCUUGAGACCGACGCCGCACGUAUUGCCCGAUAUCUCCGCCAAGGGAGCUCAACGAAGUUGGAGUCAAAUUGGCUAACCUCUGCGGAAUCCAAGUGCUAUACUGGUGCCAUCGAGCAAGGUCAAUCAGAAAUGAAGAGAUACGAAGAUGUUCUUCGGAUUAAAUGGCUUACUAAAGCUUUGAUCGAGUUGAAAUUCUGGACCGGCGACUCCACAAUUCUUGACCGCCAUUAUAUCUAUCUCGCCAAAAGACAUGGGAUAUACCAGCUCAAGGAUAACGAUGAGCUCUACAAGGUUUUUGUGGGGUUAGGAGGCUGUACUCGACCCGCCCGUAUUCCCCAAAGAGGUGAAAAUCAGGUGCAUACACACCUCGCCGUUUUACAAGAGGAGAUCAUCUCACGCAAGGUUAAACGUCGUGCUAGAGAUUUAGAGAUCGAAGUGAAAACUGAGCUAGAAUUCCUGGUAUAUGUGUAUGAGUUACUUGCUAAGGAGAAUUUGAUACCGGAGGAGAUUGGCAAACUCUUAUAG